AUGGGUGGCUAUCGCCAACUCUGGUCGAAGGGAAUCAGGGAUUUUGAAAUUGUGGCGGCGUGUGACAUCGCAGUGGAACGCGCUGAAGAACGUGCAAAUCAGGCACACGAGUUCCAAGGCGGAACGAAGCCAGCGGUCUAUGCAGAACUUGACGAGAUGUUGGCGAAGCACCCUGAUCUGGAGUGCGUUGACAUCUGUGCCCUCCACAGUGCACAUCAUACGCUCGCCGUUCCUGCGCUCGACGCUGGAAAACAUGUUAUUAUUGAAAAGCCGUUCGGUAUUACAAUGCGGGCAUGCAAACUGAUGAUGGAAGCCGCGGAUCGAAACGACAGGAUUAUUUCCGUCGCUGAAAACUACCGUCUGGCGCGUAUCCAACGCACCCGCAGCUGGGCAAUCGCCCAAGGCCGUAUCGGUGAUCCGCGUAUGUUCUUCUGGGUAGAGGCCAGCGAAGGCUUAGGGAAAUGGGGUUGGCGUAACUUCAAGAUGGAUGCAGGCGGUGGUUGGGCAUUAGACGGCGGCGUGCAUUUCACGGAUCUGAUGCGCUAUAUUCUCGGUAUGGAAGCCGAGGAGGUCUAUGCGAUCAAUAAGGCUUACGAACCUUUCCGCUACGAUAACCCGGCAGAAAGAGAAGGCGGAUACGCCGUUGACGUUGAGGACGCGAUGAUCGCCACUAUCAAGUUUGAGCAAGGCGUUACAGCGCAGUGGACAUGGGUCGGUUCCGCCCCCGGACAUCACUUUAACCAGCACACCGUUUACGGCAGCGAAGGCGCGCUCGAUUGGAACAGAGGGUUGGUGCCGCGCAGUGGCGAACCGAUCUCCAACGAUGAACUCAUGCAGGAGUUCACGAAUAGCCUCAGCGACUCAGAACGGGAAUACUACUUCCCGGGUGGCAUGGAAGAUACCGUCGCAAUUGAACUGAAAUACUUCGCCGAUGCCAUUCGGAGCGGGUGGCAAACCGGAAGUGGAUGCCGUCGAAGGUAUGCGGUCGGAAGCCAUCUGCAUGGCGGUCUAUGA